UGAAUAAUGACUUGUCUGCGGAGCUGCGCCUGGCCAGUGGUCAGCUGAUGGCUGACGACCUGUCCGUCCUCUCCGGCGGCAGUGGCGAGCUCUCCCCACCCAUCAGUGACCCGUCGGUCCACAUCUACCAGUGUUCCAUCUGCAGCCGCUUCACCUCCGACAGCCUGGAGGUGCUGGGCGCCCACGUCAACGCGGAACGCACCCUGCCCGAGGACGAGUGGCGUGGCAUUGUGGGAGAUGUGUACCAGUGCAAGCUGUGCACCUACAACACCCAGCUCAAGGCCAACUUCCAGCUGCACUGUAAGACAGACAAACACAUGCAGAAGCAUCAGCUGGUGGCGCACAUCAAGGAAGGAGGGAAAGCCAACCAGUGGAGGUUAAAGUGCGUCGCCAUCGGCAACCCCGUGCAUCUGAAGUGCAACGCGUGCGACUACUACAGCAACAGCGUGGAUAAACUGCGGCUGCACGCCACCAACCAACGACACGAGGCUGCCAUUAGGCUGUACAAGCACUUGCAGAAGCAGGAGAUCGCGUGUGGCAGUGAGCAGUGUGUGUACUACUGUGCCCUGUGUGACUACUCCACCAAGGCCUGUCUGAACCUGGUGCAGCACGCUCGCUCCCCGCGCCACCAGCAGAACGAGGGGCUGAGGAAGCUACAGCUCCACCAGCAGGGACUGGGAGGAGAGGAGGAUGGCCUGAGUCUACACCAACUUUACCAUGUUAAAGACUGCCCUAAACAACAAGGUAAGGCCAAUGGUUUAUUAUGUGGCUUUUCUUGGAUGGGACUUGCUGCUCGUACUCCCUGUUUCCUCCAACCUUUACCCAAACCCUACCCCCACACCAUGUACCCCUCCCUCUCUCCCUCCCUCUCCUGAGUCAGGCCGUCCAGUCCACCUAAUCUCCCCAGAAUGAGCAUGCUGUUCCCAUUAUGGUGCUACGCCUAUGUCACCAACACACACACACACACACACACACACAUACACCCACACACACACACACACACAAACAUACCAUAUGCAGGGACAUCCCAUGCAGGCAGACUUAUGAAACUCUACCUUUGGAAGAUUCUCUCUCACACACACAAACACACCAACACACAAACACACAUAC